GUGUAGUGAACUGCAGGGGGAUCAGUUGGCAAUAAAGGCAGACUGUCCCAACUAACCGUGUCACAUUAAUUUCACCAACCUUAUCCCGUUCAACUCUCUGUCCCUUCUUCCAUUCCCUUCUAUUUUAAUCUAUUUUCACUCUUGAUCAUCGUCAGUUCUUCUUCACCAUCAGGAUCAGUCUCCGCCGACCGAUGCGAUGGCGGACGACACGGCAUUGCGGUCGGCCUUGGUUUGGUUGGCGGUGGUGAUGGCGGUGGUGGGGCUCGGCACCCACUCCUUCAAGAAGAUGUUCGUGACUUACGUGUUGGGCAUGCUUGGGAUCGUGGGCAUUCUCCUGCCCGAUUGGGAUUAUUUCGACCGCGAUUUCUCCAAGUGGACCACCCCUGUCACCGGCGAAGAGAGGGCCGCUAUCGCCUCUGCUAGGAGAUCUGGGCUCAGCAGGGCGUCAAUCAGGAGCGAGCCAGCGAGGUCUGUUCUUGAUGAGCACCGUUACUUUUAUAUCCUGAAAAUGGCAAGUUGAGCAUUCUCACUCUACAAAGUCGAUAUCGAGAAGAAAAAUCAUAUGCUCCAAAGUAAAAAUUUUCACCGUAGUCGGAAGACGAGCAUUCAAACCUCUGAUGUGUGUUAUCCAUAUCGAGCCAUUAUCGUCUCAGUUCGAAUCACUCCAAAUCGCUUCGGAGUUCGAAGGACCCCUAAUCACUUCGGGUGGAUCAUGUUAUUAUCAUCAUUGUUAAUAAAACUGUGAUCAGAUCGAAGUUUUCAGCC